AUGAUAGUACCACGUCUUACCACUCAUUACCGAGCCAGCUUCGGCCGCUAUUUGGGCCCUUUUGAUUUCCUUAGUACCCUCUUCGAGCUCAAAAGCAGUCGCAGUUCAGGUACAAACAUAACGAUGGAUACUUUCUCGCGCACGGACACGACAACUUCUACGCCUAUUAUUUGGGUACAGUUUAACGAAUCAAGUUUACACGACUUUCGAAAUCAGAUCGAACAAAAAAGUCUCAACAUAUUUGGCGGGAGCCAGCACUGGCCCCCAAGCGACGAAAAAGAUCCUGUCCACAUGAUUUGGAGGAAAAAGUGUUAA